AUGGUACUGAUUCUAAUAUAGUACCACCCUAAAACCCUAAAACUAAUUAUUUUAUAAGAUCCGGUCGUAUACUUUCCUUUCAAAUUCAGCGGUGAAAAUCGGUUACUGGGGUUAGUUGAAUUGUUGGUUGGGUCGUUUUGGUCUUCUGGGUUUGUCUUCUUGUCUUUGAAAAAUGGAGGGGUUUCAGAAAUUGAUUCCUAAAAUCUCUAAAGACAUUAAAAAUGGGUCUGACACUCUCCUUUUGAGUGCUGCUAAAGGAGGAGGAGGAGGAGUUUCUGCUGCUUUAUCUUCGACUGAUCAGUCUCAUGUUUUGGUCACCAGGCCUCCACCUAGACAAGUGGUAUCGCUGUUGACUUGCUCAAAGCUUUGUGCAAUUUCAUUUGUUGUUGGAGUUGUGUUUUGUUUCACACUGAAGCGACGUGUCAAACGCUGUGCUUCCAACAUUCUCAAGAGGUUGAAAGAUAAUUGAUGCCACCCUGUCCUUUCCAUCUUAUGCCAAUUUCAGUAUAAUCAUUUACAACUAAGUGAUUUUACUGAUUAUUGCUGUUUACCUCAGAAAGAGAGCAAUACGAUAGUUUCAUCACCAAGACAAACAAUUAGUCUUGCUUUAUCAAAAUAGAUAAAUUAUUUACUGAUUUUUUUGUUUUUUAAAAUUCAGUGGCCAACCCUUAUUAGUCUAUUGAGAAUUCAUACCCGACCUUAAUUUUUGGGACUAAAAUUUCUUGUUAGUUUUAGGGGUUGUGGGUAAAGCAAUUUAGAGUCAGUGCAGCUAGAAAUUGACAAUCUGUAUUUCCUCUCAUUAUAUAAAAUUCUCAUUUGUGUUGGUCUGCACUA